UACUCAACAGUAUUUGUAGAGAGAUAGUUGAAGUUGAAGCGGUUGAUGGGAAAUCGAAUUGGUUUUGUGUAAAAUUUACGUUCUAUGGACAAGUUUUUCUAAAUGUUAAGAAAAACUUAUCUAAAUCUAAGUAAAUAGACGGAAAGCUGGUGGUGUAACUGGAUAAAAGAUCGAAUUGAAAUAUUUAUAAUAAUAAUUAAUUUGGACGACAGCAUCCUCUCAUAGAAAAUAACAAUAUAAGUGCAAAAUAAAGUGAAUCAGCAAAAAUCACUAAAAGAUAUUCGGACUUCUCUUCCUUGCAGCUGCUAUUAAUUUAUGUAUAUGAUUUAUUGGUAAGACGCCAUCGACGUCGCGUACCAAUGUUUUCUUUCGUACAAAUGAACUUCAGCGCUCUAUCGGUACUUCUGUCAAGAGUGUGGACAUGCAUCUGUUUUAUGUUCAAUAGACAAGUUCGCUCGAUUGUACAAUAUCAACCAGUCAAAUAUGAACUCUUCCCACUGUCGCCGGUGUCACGGCAUCGGCUUAGUAUCGUGCAGCGGAAAACGCUUGUGCUGGAUCUGGACGAGACGCUUAUACAUUCACAUCACAGCGCAAUGUCAAGAAAUACCGUUAAGCCGGGCACACCACAUGACUUUACAGUGAAAGUAAUUAUUGAUCACCAUCCGGUACGUUUCUUCGUUCAUAAACGGCCACAUGUCGACUAUUUUUUGGACGUGGUUUCACAGUGGUAUGAUCUAGUUAUAUUUACAGCCAGUAUGGAGAUAUAUGGGGCAGCAGUUGCUGAUAAACUGGACAACGGACGCAAUAUUUUGCGUCGGCGCUAUUACCGUCAGCAUUGUACACCUGAUUUCAGUUCUUAUACCAAAGAUUUAUCUGCUAUCUGCAAUGACUUGAAUAGAAUAUUCAUAAUUGACAAUUCCCCUGGUGCAUAUCGUUGCUUUCCUAAUAACGCGAUACCAAUCAAGAGUUGGUUCUCGGAUCCAAUGGAUGUUGCGUUGCUAUCACUACUUCCAAUGUUGGAUGCCUUGAGAUUUACAAAGGACGUGCGUUCGGUUUUGUCAAGAAACUUACAUUUGCAUCGUUUAUGGUAGCAGUUUUACAGAUUGAAAAUUUGGUGCUGUGACGCUUAAACGAAGUUUUAGUUUGUUUUAUAUGAUAAGCAUUAUAAAACGAAAGGAAGGCAAAUACAAAAACAGAAUUUUUGACAUACAUGAAUAUCUAUGAAAUCUUUUCAAUCCUAACCUCUCCUUGAUAGCUUCCACCCACAGUUCGGUUUUCCAUAUUCGCAUUUUAAGUGAUGUUAGAAUGAAAUUCGAUAGAAAUCAUUCGAUAAAUUCUUGGAAAAGUUAUUUAUUUAAUAAAAUAUAAUUUGUACAUUAUCUACUUAAUUUUCUAAAUGAUUAUCCACUUCUAUGUAUAUUGUAAUAAACAUGUGUUUUGAUUUAAAUAUUAUUUAUUAGUAGAACAAACAAAAAGAAAUAUUUAAUUAGGCUAAGUUAUAACAGUGUUAUUUAAUAGAAAAAAUUAGGAAGAACGUAUUGAUAUGAACUUUAUAUGCUUUUGUUGUGCGUUUUAUGUAAAUGAAAAUUUGAAAAAACUAUGUUACAUAUAUAAUUUUUUAGCAUUUAACGACAGCGCAACUGAAACUAGUUUAGUUACUGAAAAUGCUCUAUGCUAAGCAAAAUGAAAUGUCAAAAGGAAUUUCAAAACUGACUUGAAAGCCGUGUAUGUAUAUUAUGUACAUAUAUAAAAAUGCGGGCUAUGAAGUUAUGAAAAGGGUUUAAAAAUCCCUAACUGCAAAUAUUUAGUAUAACACCAAAAGUACGCAUCCUCUUGAUAUAAUGUUUUCAUAAAAAAAAAAAAAAAUAUUUACAUAUAUAUGUAAAAUAUUUAAGUGCAUUGUCUUGAAAAUGAAACAAAACUAUAAAUAAGAACAAAAUGACUCAGUUAUGAUUUAGACAUAUUUCAAUGUCAAAAAAAAAAAAAAAAAAAAAAAAAAAUUAAUUGACAAAAAUUUAGCUUGUAAGUUUGUAGUAAGUGUGGAGUAAUAUAUAAAGCAGAAUAGUGGAAUGAUACGGGUCAUAUAUCAAGCAUAGUCGUCGCUUACGGAAAUGUUUUACAACGGCUAGGAAAGAUUAAUUCUCCUUAAGAGCGUAUAUUAAUUAGGGCUGUGCGAUUAUUUCAUUACACAGAAUUUUAGUCAAUAAUAGAUCCAGUUACUUCAGCUCAUAAAAUAAUUUUUUUUUGUCAAUCAUAAAUCCAGUUCCCUCAGCUGAUCAAAUAAUUAAACGUUUUUUUUUUUUUGUUAAUCAAGGAGGAAAUUUACUAAAGUAAUUAAUCGAAACGUAAAUAAAAAUAAUCGAAUUUUUAAUUAAACAUAUCUUUGAAUAAAAUGAUUAGUCACAGUGUUUUUUAAAUGUACCAUAUUUGUAUAUAAAGUUUGAAUAUCAUUGCGUGUGUUUUCUAUAGCAGCCUUUUCAUGCUUGUUUUUUAAAGUAAUUUUUUUUUAAUAUUUUCCAAUUUUUCAUUGAAGGUGGUGGUAAUAGACCAACAACAAGGAUUUGUACGUUUGAUUGUCAAAGCAAAGUAUUGAGAACCUAGAAAAACAAAUAAUUCGCCUUGUUUCAUUUUGAGCUGACAGUCACAUGGACACGGCGAAAGAAAAAAAAAACUCAGCUGAUUUACCAGCACCACCUUUAAUAGAUUCGCCUU